AUGUUCAGUGAUAUGAUGCAAACCAUGCACACAACAUCGCCAUCUAUCGGCGCGGCUCGAAGUCGACCGUAAAAAUCUCUACACAUUUAUUAUUUAUAUUGGUUCGGAGUUCCCAGCCGCCUGUAAAAAUCUGCCAAUUGCAAUGAAUAAGACAUGAUUUUGUUGAGUAGAAAAGCCGUAGACAUAAUUAUAUCAUUGGCCUUAGCAGCAGUCGUUCUGAUAACCUGGGGCUUUGUGAUAUAUGCAGGCCGUAUUACAGCUGUCAGGAUCUACCCGGAGUUGGCUGAAGAACCGUGAUUCAAGAGUGACACCAGGUCAUUUAUUCCAGUGUCAAGGAAGAUGGAUUGCCCAGCCAGAAGAUGUCAGGUAGUAGUCAGGAAGAUGAACCUUGGUGAGAAAGCAACCAUGCACAGGUGUGUCGUCCCCAUCAAGAGACUACCAAUCACCAACAAGACAUCUCUGCAAGGGUCUAGGAAGCUCUCCCGUGUCCAACUCCAGAAGCUGAAGGUCCUCCUGCAGAAGUUGAAGCUGAGCACGGACAGGGUCGAUGGCAGGAUUACUGUCCAAGGUGAGAGGGGGGAUGCGGGAGGUGUGAAGGAGAAAACUCUCUCAACUGUCCAGCUUCGAACCCUGAGAGUGCUUCUCAACAAGCAGAAACCAAACAACCGACGUGACGGAUCGGAAGUCAGAGAGAAGAAAGUAGAACCUGUGAAGACUAGUCUGUCCAGCUACCAGCUCCAUAAAUUCAAGGUUUUGCUUAGUAAGGUGAAGCUGGACAAGGAUGGCUCGAUUAUGGCUCAAUGCAAAGAGAACAGAGACAACGCGGAAAGAACUCUGUCCAAGGUGCAGCUCCAUAAGCUCCAGAUUCUCCUCAGCAAGCUGAAACUGAGCAACGACAGGAAGGAUUCAUCGAUCAUCAUUGAUAAAGAUUGUGGCAUUGUAAUGUGCCCACAUUCCCUUUCUGCAAUGAACAAGACACGCUUCAGAGUCCAUGUUAGGAGACUCAAACUCCACAACAUCCCACAGGGCCUAGACCAUACUCUCUUCAUCGACAAGGAGCUGGGCUUUGUAGCCAAUCCCUACUUACUCCCAAGCUAUCGCAGUGGUCACUUCCGUAAACCCUAUCACAGCGUCCUGAAAUUCAGAAGAAGCCGUGUUGGGCAGUGCCGUGUGCGCAUCAGAAAGAUUCAUUUGUAAUUCCAUUCGCAUAGAAAAUCAUGAGAAGUUUGAUCUUGUAUUAAAUCCAUAUUAGUUUUUUUUUGGUUCAGAUUUGGUUCUAAUUUGAUUUCCAAGGGUACGUUGGGUUUUCUGAAAUGAAUAGAUGUAGAGAAAUGAUUAUAUUGGAUGGCUGAGAAUAGGAUACCUACAUGUAAGGCCUAGGGAUACCAGAAAUAUUCCACGAGUUAGGGAAAAUUGCAUGAAUCACAGAUUAGUUCAAUAUUGGCUCUAUUGAGAUGAAUAAUUAUGGUAUAUCCCAUGAAGAAUAGCCAUCCAAUGUACCGGUAAUCAUUAUUUUUUUUAUGAUCAUUAUUCUUUAGGAUGUUGAAUACGGCAUGAUGUGCACAGAAAGUUUUGUACAUAAGCCUUCGGGGGAAUUCAUAAGAUUUUGGUGCAUUGCACAGGUAAAUCAUGGAGACCAAAAUACACAUUUCAUUGCACUGCUGAAAUGCCCGAGUAGAUAAUACAGGAAGUUUAAUAUUGAAUGGUAGAUUAUUUUCACUAUCCGUGCACCCUUCCCUCGGCAUAUGUGGUUGCAGGAGUCAUUAUGUUUUCAGGUUGUUCAUCCUUAUGGUUUUUUUUUUUUCAAAAUAACUGCGGUUAAUCCAAAUAUGUGUAUGCUGUAGAAGUGACAAUGAUCUAAUUAGAUUUUAGAGUCAUUGGCCCGUAUUCUGAAGUCAGGUUUAACUUAGACCAUGGUCUAACUCUGUACUUAAAUUAUGGGAGCUAUUUUGUUUCCUUUUGCUUUCAUAAUGAAGAAAACAGUUCUGUUAUCAUUCCCAGACAAUUACAAUUUGGGUGUCAUAUGAGUUAAUAAAUUGAAUGUUUACUGUUAAGGAUUUGUGCCCCAAUUGGCUCUCCAUAGUUAAACCACAACUUUAAACCAGGGUUUGAUUUAAUCCCGGGUUCAGAAUACGGGCCAUUUACAUGUAGGUCAAAAAUCAUGGAGGUCAUUUUACACAGGUCUGAAAAUAACUCUUUGUGAUUAGUUAAAAACUGUUUUAUGGUUCAACUUGAAACUUGGUUCAUAUGCAUAUGGGAGUGAGGAUAGAUUGAUUAGAUUUUUGGGUCACAAGGUCAAAUGUCAUAGAUCACAGAGGUCAUUAUUUGUUAGGUGUGUAAUGAUAUUUUCUUGUUCUGGCAAUGGUGGAGGCAUAACUUUUAACUACAUGUACAUGCAGUUGUGAAUCCAAAUAUUUCUAAAUUGAAAUGAGACAAACUUGCUCAAGGGGAGAUUUGACUCAAAUCCAUUUUCAAAAUUUAUAUCAGAAAUGUUUGUCUAUGUGGGAGAGUGAGUAAUUAUACAAAGUUUUAGAUUAUUAGUGAUUUGGGGUCUUUGUUUUCAGCUGAAUGUUGGUUAUUUAUUUUUUGUGAGUCAUUUACACUGUACAUGUAUUAGGCCUGGGAGUAAAACUCGAACAAUCGAUACAUUUGACCAAAAAUCGGCAACCGCAUGGCAUGCUACUUUUUACACUAACAGAAUGUUGGCCCGUGACCUGUUGCAUGAAAUAAAAACUCUGGGCAAUAAUACCAGAGGCAGACUUUUCCAAUGUGUUAAGUGUCAAUGGUACAAUUUUGUCUGCCAGAGUUUUUUUUAUGGCAAAAGUUUCAUGCAACAGGCCCCAGAUGUUGAUGAAUGAUUUGAGACGUUAAAUUAUCGAAAGAGCACGGCUAUAAUCUGAUAUUCCAUAACAAAGUGCAAGAUAACAAUUGAAAUUUAUGCUAAAAUUUAAUGAAUUCCAAAUAACUUGAGACACAACAGUGACAGCCGUGCUACUGAGCAGCAUUCAGCUGUGUUGAUUUGAAUGUCAGGUACACUACCAGUCACAAUUCUUUAACUCAAAUGAGUCGGCUCGCUCAUUGUGUGUGACUACUGGUAUGUCGUGUAAGUUGGUCAACUUUUUUGUGAUUUCUGAUAUUCCAGGACUUGAUUGUUCGAACUAUGCAAUUGUUUAAUCUAAUGGCAAGAAGGGUAUUCGUCCCAGGCGUAUUAUUUAUUAAUCACAUGAAGUUUAUAUGCUCAAAUAAGGUGCAGUGGGCUUUUAGUGAUAAUGUUUUUGUUGAUAAAUAAACAUUGUUUUCUAUGUCUUUUCUGUGCAUGUCUCUGGAUUUUCAUACAUCUGGUUGUGGUUUUACCAAAUUGCAUUUACUGAACUAUUUAAAUAUUUUUUUUCAGCAAUGCUCUUUUCACCGCUUAAUUCUGCAUUGAUCAGAUAAGAGAAAAGAAAAGUGAUGGGGCUGCAUUGAUCUCCGUCCAAAGACAGGCACAAUACCUUAAAUUUAUUACUCUUAAAAUGCCUAGCGUGAACAAGAACAAAGCAUGGAAUGAUUUCAAUGUUCCUGGCAAACCUUGUGUUUAUUUGAACAUAUCUUGCACACUCUUGACAUUCGCCAAACACAAACACACAGGUGCAAUUAAUCAAAUUUAAUACUCUUAAAAUACAUAUCUUGUACAGUCUUACUCUUUAUAGCAAAAUCAUGUUUUGAGCACUUUGAAAUCUGAAAUCUUCUAUUUUGCUACUGUAAUCACUGAAUUUUGAGGUUUAGUAUUCUAAUUUCUAGUAGGUUAAUAAAUGCUUUAAUCUAUUCAAUAUACAGUCUAGAAUAAUAAUGAUGAUGAUAAUAGCUGGAUUUAUAAAUGUACAGCGCUUUUUGCCUGAGGAUACAAAGCGCUUGGUAUUAUUACGCCGGCUUUAGCUCGAGCUACCAUGAAUGUACUACUACAAAUGUAGGUGGUGACAUAUCUCGGCAAUUCAAUUCAAUUCAAAAAUGGUCUUUAUUGAUAAUCAAACAUAUUAACAAUCACACAUGAAAAAACAGCAGGAGCUGGGAAAAUCAUGUUCACAAGCAAUAUCACGUCUCGGUCGCGAAUGACGUCAUUUCAUCAUUGAUAACCGUAAUAGGACGUGCUUUCUGUCUUUACACGCUCACUCAAGCAGUCACUUAGAUGGUAUUCCAUCUUCUUGCGGUACCUGUUGUAUAACCCCCCCCCCCUUUUUUAUUCCCCCAUACCAAAGUCUCCCAUUCUUUAUUGACCCCCCCCCCCCCCCCACCACCCAGUCAUGUUAUAUGUUAGCAAUAAAGAGUGCUGCAUUACUUACUAUUAGAUUAAGAAUAAGAUGCACAGGUAUUAGGAAAUCAAUAUCAGACCACUUUCUCGUAAACUCCCAUACGGUAUAGUCAAGUAGUCUACCAUACGGUAUGGUCUAAUAAUUAUUUCCCAAGUUGUACAUGUGUUAUGUGGGAUUAUGUAUCUUGUAAACUGAUAUUAUGUGUAAAUCUUGUUAAUAUAUAUUUUGCUGGUAUGGAAUAAAGAUCAUGAGGUUUCAUGGGUGAUUAUAAACAUUAAUAAAUACUUUGAAUUCUGCAUAGA